AUGCCUAAAUCGAACAGCUCCAGUCGCAUCAGUCAUUCCCGUGACAACCAAGCUCCUCACAGAAAGGGACGUUUCCUCUGCCGUCUGUGCCAGCGUCCGCAUCCAUUACGAUUGUGCAGGAAGUUUUUAGAUAUGACCAUGGCGGAUCAGCUGAAUGCUGUACGGCGGCAUAAAUACUGUGUGAACUGCCUGGCUCGCGGACACUCACAUGGUACAUGCUUUAGCGAUCGCGGCAGCCAUCAUUGCCACAAAUUCCACCACACAUUGCUGCAUGUGAACCCCAAGCUCCGUGACCAGCUUCUGCCAGGAAAUUCGUCGUCUCGGUCCAAAUCUCGCUCGGUGUCACCAGAGCCAUCUACAUCAACGAGAACUAAUUAUCGCGCUGUUGAACCUACUAGGCCCGCCGUUUCGUCCCAAGGAUCCCUAACAUCAUUGAUCCACAAGAACUAUAUAAUAUUAUUGCCCACAGUUCUGGUUCGGAUCGACGCGAAAGUGAUGGCUCGAUGCUUGCUGGAUUCGGGUUCGUUGGUGAGUCGCAUAGCCCGGGGUUUCGCCGACAAGCACAAGAUAGCGCGGCUUACUUUGAGGGAGAAGACCAUUUGCGCGCUUACACUCUAUUCUAGGCAUGAUUCGUCCGUGAAGAUUGAGGGCACUUUUCGUGUGGAAUAUCGGAUCGCGAUGAAGACUUCACUCGAAUCACUUCCGGAAGACUACCAUAAGCACUUCCCGCAUUUGCUGUUCGCCGAUCCGGACAUCCACAAAUCUGCCGGCAUCGAUAUUGUCAUCGGAGUGGAUCUUUAUCCGAGAAUUGCCUGUGGUACAAAAAAGAAACCGGUCUUCAACAAUGGCCCAAAAAGAAAUCCCUGGCCUCACGAUAUUCCCGAGGCCACUGGCAAAUACGAUGAGUCAAAGGGGUCGAAUUCAGGUGUAUGUCACUUGAAUGUUGCCAUAGAAAAUGAUGAGGAGUUGGAAGAAAUUCCAAAUAAUUGUGCUAAAAUUCGGUCUGAGGAACAUCAAAAAUGUGAGGACCGUUUCCAAAAAUAUGUUCGACGUUUAUCGUCAGGACGCUUCCAAGUGUCUUUAUCUUUCAAAGAAGAUGUGAAACUUUUGGGUUCGUCAUUUGAAACAGCCAAAAGGCGGUUUCUGGCAUUGGAAAGAAAACCUUCUCAUGACGACACAUCUAAAGAAAUGUAUAAUUCUUUCAUAAAAGAGAAUCUUGACUUAGGUCACAUGGAAAAAACCAACAAUAAAAUUCGUAAUAACCCACAUUAUUUCAUUCCUCAUCAAUAUGUUUUCCAACCUCAAAGUACAACUACGAAACUUCGCGUCGUUUUUGAUGCAUCGAGUAAAACAUCUUCACAUGUUUCACUCAAUGAUCUCUUGAUGCUAGGUCCAACCAUCCAAGAAGAGUUGUACUCAACGUUACUUCGAUUCUACUUACAUAAAUACGCAAUUACAGAUAUUGAGAAAAUGUAUCGUAAAGUUUUAAUCGACGAAAAAGAUAGAGAUUUUCAUUUAAUCCUUUGGAGACAAAACGAAAGUGAUCCGUUGCAAAUUUUCAGAUUGAAUACGGUCACUUAUGGUACUUCGUCCGCUCCAUUUCUAGCAAUUCGUUGCUUAAACCAUUUGAGCGAUUUGUCCAAAGAGACUUGGCCUAUUGGUGCCAUAGUUAUAAGCAACGACUUCUAUGUGGAUGUUUUGUUGACUGGUUCUGCUGAUUUGAAUAGUCUUCUCACAAUUCGGGAUGAAGUCACUACUAUUCUCAGUUCAGCGGGAUUAAAUCUCACAAAAUGGUUUUCUAAUCACCCAGAUUUUAAUGAGACAGCUUGUAGUGAAAAGUUGUUACACUCGGAUUCCGAGACUGCAAGGGCAUUGGGAAUUCAUUGGGCCCCGAGAAAUGAUGUUUUCAAAUUUUACAUAGAUGGAGGCUUCCAAGAUCUGAAAGCUACUAAAAGACACAUCCAGAUUUUAAUGAGACAGCUUGUAGUGAAAAGUUAUAGAGGCUUCCAAGAUCUGAAAGCUACUAAAAGACACAUUUUGUCAAUAUCUUCCCGUUUGUUUGAUCCCCUCGGCCUUUUGUGUCUAAUAAUAACCAAAAUGUUAUUGCAAGAACUUUGGAUUAACAAAUUAGGCUGGGAUGAAUCGAUUCCCAUGCGUUUGAGUUCAGUCUGGGAAGAUUUCAAAUUCAAUCGUUCAAAGUUGGAUACGAUUCAAAUCCCAAGAUUCGUAAACACGAAUGUUUCAUCUAGAAACCAAAUUCAUGGUUUCUCAGAUGCAUCGAUGCGUGCCUAUGGAUGUUGUUUCUAUAUUCGUUCGCAGGACUCUAAUGGAGUAUCUUGCAAGCUGCUAACAGCUAAAUCUAAAGUAGCUCCCCUCAAAACUAUGACUCUUCCGAGGUUGGAGCUCUCAGCAGCACAUCUCAUGGCAAAUAAGUGGUUACGAAUUAAACCAAUGAUAAACUUUGAUGUUGAAAAAAUAUACUUUUGGUCCGAUUCUGAUAUUAUACUAUACUGGUUAAAACCCCAUCCUUCUUCCCUGGCCACAUUUGUCUCAAAUCGUGUCGCAGAAAUUCAAGAAUGGUCACAAAAAUGCAGUUGGCGUCAUGUGCCAACUAAACAGAAUUCAGCCGACAUUGUGUCGAGAGAAUGCAGUGUAGAUGAAAUUAAAUCAUCGAUAUGGUUUGAAAGACCUAAAUUUUUGUUAGACGAUAUGUCUAAAUGGCCAGUCAACAAGCAUUUCGAGUUGACUGAGGAGCAAAAAUCAUUGGAAACAAGAAAAUCCAAAGUAUUGCUGACCUCAAAUA